UACCGUAUAUUAGCGACGUUCAGAUGCGUCGUAAGCAGCAUAAAGCUAUUAAGCUUAUUUAGCUAACAUUCAGUGCCGCUCUUAAGAACAUUUUAAUUUCAACCGCAAUAUAUCGAUAUAUGGGCACAUCAAUAAUUAACAGAAUUGUUAAAAUAAAAAAAUUGUAGUAAAAAAUGCUCCGCAACGUUGUUGUGGGCAUGUCGGGGGGCGUGGACAGUGCCGUGAGCGCCCACCUACUGAAGGAGCGCGGCCACCGCGUCCUGGGCGUCUUUAUGCGUAAUUGGGACGAGCACGACGAGGCCGGUCGCUGCAGUGGCGAGCAGGACCUAAAGGACGCAGAAUGGGCGUGCCAGCGGCUGGGGAUCGAGCUGCGGCAGGUGAACUACGUGAAGGAGUACUGGACGGCGGUGUUUAGCGCCUUCCUGGACGACUACCAGCAGGGUCUGACCCCCAAUCCGGACAUCCUCUGCAACCGGCACAUCAAGUUCGACCUGUUCCAUCGCCAUGCUCUGGAGCGGAUAGGCUACGAUGCCGUGGCCACCGGCCACUAUGCCCGCAACAGUCUGGGCAACUUUCUGGAACAUCGCGGGUGCGGUGGGGACGCCCGUCUGCUCAUACCGGCGGACACUUUCAAAGAUCAGACCUUCUUCUUGGCGGGUAUACCACGGCAGGCCCUGCAGCGCACCAUGUUCCCCCUGGGCGACCUGGCCAAGAGCGAGGUGAAGAGCUUGGCCCGACAAAUUGGCCUCCAGCGCCUGGCCCAAAAGCGGGAGAGCACCGGCAUCUGCUUCGUGGGCAAGCGCGACUUCAAGUCCUUCAUCCGCGAGUACAUUGCCUCCAGGAGCGGCCAGUUUGUGGACACGGACAAUGGGGCCAUUGUGGGAAACCAUGAGGGCAUCCACCAGUGGACCGUGGGCCAGCGGUGCCGCCUCGGCUCCUUUCUGCAGCCGUACUUCGUGGCCCGGAAGGAAGCCUCCAGCAACACCAUCUUCGUGGCCGCCGGCCACGACCAUCCCGCCUUGCUCAGCACCCGCAUGUACAUCGAGGCCCCCAACUGGCUGUGCGCUCAAUCCCAGCAGCGGCUGGCAUCCACUGGCAGCCUGCGCUGCCGCUUUCGCUUCCAGCACACCAAGCCGUUGGUUGACUGCUGCCUCCGCUCCUGCCCCGAUGGCGGCUUUGAGGUGCUGCUGGAUGCGCCUCUGCGCGCCAUAACCCCCGGCCAGUAUGCGGUAUUCUACGACGAAAUGGCCUGCCUGGGCGCUGCCCGCAUCCUGAGCGCCGAUGCUCUAACCAGGAGCUGCCAGGAGCAGCAGGCUCAAAGCCAGACCAUCACCAGCUGACACGAAGUCACGAAGGGAAUGGGCAUCCCCAAAGAAACCAAAACACAUGAGAGCCAGCCAAUGCUUAUAAUCAAGUCAACCAAAACGGAUCCACUUGGGUUAAGAUUAUUGGACAUUUUGUGUGUGUUCGAAUCGACGAUCUGUUUGUAAAGUUUUGUUAACUAUUCUGUAAAAAUACCGAAGACUCAUUGGGGAAUGCAAUAAUUUCCAUAAAACUAAUUUAAUAUAGUUAUUUGGUGCUAAUUGAAA